AUGUCGUAUGUACCUCCUCACCUUAGAAAUUCCUCAUCCGCCGCCGCCACAGUAGCUAAUGGUAACGGCGGUCACUUUGACUCGAAGCCGCUCAACAGUUCAUAUUCUCAGUUCAGUUCUGCUAGAAGCAACAAUAACAACAGCAGCUCAACUAACUCGUGGAAUGCCGGUGGCCGGAGCUCCGGGAACCACAUUCCUCCUGUGCCUGACCCCGUAUUUCCUCCAUGGAAGCCGUCCGACCGAGUUGCUCGGCUCAAAGCGGAACAGGUUCAAGAGGUUCGUUUGAGGCUUAAUGUUGAUGCUACAGUUCCACCAGAUUCACAGCUAGCACCAGCACCUAUUGAAUCAUUCACCGACAUGAAUUUGCAUGCAAGCAUCAUGAACGAUAUUGCAUUUCAUGGAUAUACUACGCCUACUUCUAUUCAGGCUCAGGCCCUGCCAGUUGCUCUUAGUGGAAGAGAUCUUUUAGGCUGUGCAGAAACUGGCAGUGGUAAAACCGCUGCAUUUUCUAUACCAAUGAUACAGCACUGCCUUGCCCAGCCUCCUAUUCGACGUGGAGAUGGACCUUUAGCAUUAGUGUUGGCCCCAACUAGAGAGCUUGCUCAACAAAUAGAGAAAGAAGUGAAGGCCUUCAGUAGAUCUGUGGACUCAUUCAGAACUGCAAUUGUUGUCGGUGGAACUAACAUUUCUGAGCAGAGGUUUGAGCUGCGAGCAGGGGUGGAUAUAGUGGUUGCUACUCCUGGAAGAUUUAUUGACCAUCUACAACAAGGAAAUACUUCCUUAUCAAGGAUAUCAUUCGUUGUUUUAGAUGAAGCAGAUAGGAUGCUUGACAUGGGAUUUGAACCUCAGAUAAGAGAGGUGAUGCAAAAUCUUCCUAAGAAACAUCAAACUUUGUUGUUCAGUGCUACUAUGCCAGUGGAGAUUGAAGAGUUGGCUCAGGAAUACUUAACAAAUCCAGUCCGGAUAAAAGUUGGAAAAGUAAGCAGCCCCACGGCAAAUGUGUCCCAAACUUUGGAGAAAGUAGCAGAAAAUGAGAAGAUUGACAGACUGCUAGAUAUGCUUGUCGAGGCGUCUGCUCAUUCUGAAAGAUGUGGCCACUCAUUCCCCCUGACCAUUGUAUUUGUUGAAAGAAAGAGCAGAUGUGAUGAAGUUGCUGAAGCAUUGGUUCAACAAGGUCUUCAAGCAGCUGCACUUCAUGGUGGCCGUAGUCAAAGUGAGAGAGAGACUGCUCUCCGUGAUUUCAGACAAGGUCCUACCAGGAUACUUGUUGCCACAGAUGUUGCAUCUCGGGGAUUAGAUGUUACUGGUGUUGCUCAUGUCAUCAAUCUGGAUCUUCCAAAGACGAUGGAAGAUUACGUGCACCGGAUUGGAAGGACUGGCCGAGCAGGAUCAACAGGCCAGGCUACGUCAUUCCACACUGAUCGUGACAUGUAUCUUGUAGCACAGAUAAGGAGAGCAAUUCAAGAUGUAGACUCGGGGAAUACUUUAACUUUUGCCACGGGAAAGACCGCGAGAAGAAAGGAGAAAGAAGCUUUAGCAGCACACAGAGAAGCAAAGGUUGCACAAUCAAAGCUCUCAUUGGUGGGCUCGACUGCUUUAAACGUCGAGGAAAAGUAUAGGCACAUGAUCGGCCCAGGUGCGAGUAGAAAUGAAGGUGCUGCCGAUGAUGCUUGGGAUGACUGA